AUGGCUAAGGACUCAGAACUAUGGGACAUUAUUUGUGAUGGUCCUCAUGUUCCUGUAAACAAAGAUGAAGCUGACAUGGAAACCACUCUAAAAACGAGGCAAGAAUAUAAUGAGGUAGACAGGAAGGCUGUAAAGAAGAACUCAUGUACAACUGCUAAAGAGAUCUGGGAAGCUCUCCAAACUGCCCAUGAAGGAACAUCUCAGGUAAAAAACUCCAAGAUUGACAUGCUCACUACAGAGUAUGAGUUGUUCAAAAUAAAAGAGGACAGAUCUAUCCACGACAUGCACACUAGAUUCACCUCUUUAAUCAACAAACUCAGCUCUCUAGGAGAGGUUAUCACAUCUAUCAAGAUGGUAAGGAAAUUACUCGGAGUUUUGCCCGAUUCUUGGGACAUCAAAGUAAAUGCCAUCUAUGAAGCCAAAGAUCUCGCUAAGCUGACUGUUGAUGAAAUAAUAGGAAAUCUCAAGACAUAUGAGAUAAAGAUGACCUUGAAGAAGGAAGAAAAGAAUGAAGCAAAAAGGGAGAGAAAUCUCGUUCUUUAA